GCGGUAUGUCAGUGCCCCCGCCCUUACAAAUUCUGCAAAAGCGAGGACGACAUUCUUCAACAGUCGUGAAUUAGGGUGAGAGGUUGGGCGUAGGGCGGUCACCCCUGUGGGCGGCAGCGGGUUAGUAGCUUCAAGUACUGAACGCGCAUCGGUCGGGUCCUCUUUGGUCGGCAAAGGCGCAAGCAAAAUGAAGCUCAACAUUGCCAACCCCACCACUGGGUGCCAGAAGAAGGUGGAAAUCGAUGACGACCAGAAACUGCGAGCGUUUUUCGACAAGCGUCUCGCCCAGGAAGUGAAUGGCGACGCCCUUGGAGAGGAGUUCAAAGGAUAUGUCUUCAAGAUUAUGGGAGGAUGUGACAAGGAUGGUUUCCCCAUGAAGCAGGGAGUGCUUGUUCCUGGCCGUGUCAGAAUUUUGAUGCACAGAGGGACUCCGUGUUUCCGUGGCCAUGGCCGUCGUGAUGGAGAGAGGAGGCGCAAGUCUGUUCGCGGCUGUAUUGUGAGUCCGGAUUUGGCGGUUCUGAACCUUGUGAUUGUGAAGCAAGGCGACAAGGCUCUUCCCGGUCUCACGGAUACGGAGAAGCCUCGCAUGCGAGGACCUAAAAGGGCAUCGAAGAUCCGCAAGCUGUUCAACUUGACAAAGGGAAUUGAUGUGCGCAAGUACGUGAACACCUACAGGAGGACGUUUGUGUCCAAAACCGGAAAGAAGCAGAGCAAGGCGCCGAAGAUCCAGAGGCUAGUGACGCCCGUGGUGCUGCAGAGGAAGCGUGCUCGCUUGGCCGACAAGAAAAAGAGAGUAGCCAAGGCCAAGACGGAAGCCGCUGAGUACCAGAAGCUUCUUGCAUCUAGAUUGAAGGAGCAGAGGGACAGGCGCAGCGAGAGUCUCGCGAAGAGGCGUGCCUCGCGUGCUUCCGAGGCGAAGAAGGGACCGACGGCCUAGAUGAUGAUCUGACCACCCCUCCCUUCGAUUGGAGUUUUGUGUAUCGGGCGUUGAAGGGUCGUUUAUCUUGGGAGUUGAUGAAAUUUGGGGUCGCGGUCUCAAUAGGUUUGACGAGAGAUCGAUCUCAGGGGGAGGAGGGUAGGAGAAGAGGAGGAAAGAUUGAGAUUGUCAGUGGAGCGCGGAGAGAUGAAUCUGGGGUCGGCUAGUUGCUGAUCAGUUUUUUUCGGAAAUUCCUUUGGCGGUUUGUCUUGUACCGGACGUGAAUGAGAAGUGUUUUUUGAGAAUAUAUAUUCUGAGUGCCAGACGAGUUGAUCUUCGGUUGUCCUCCUGAGUGUUUAUUCUGAGUGCAAGACGAGUUGAUCUUCGGUUGUCCUCCUGAGUGUUCAAAACGAGCUUUCAUUCCUUUGGAAAUUAGAUCAGCUAAGGUCCCCUCCCCUCACUUGUGAUUGGUAUUCUUUCACACUGAACCCAAUCUCCGGAAAUUUUCAUUUAAAAGUGUUGGCUUAAAGUUCUGCUUGCCCUACGUUGAGUGUUCGUGUUCUCUUUAGUUUUGUGGGUUUUGAAUCUCUAUCUCGAAUGUUGCAGCGGGAUGAACGGGAUGAUGAUUCCACGCAUUACCAUCGCCAUCAUGCUUGACCUACGGAUCGGAUCUGAUGAGCCCAGUUGACACACCCAUGAAGCGAUGAAAUACAGAUCUGUGUUUGAAACCGGAUUCAAUCAGCCGAAACCUUGUCUCGGUCAGGUCAAUGAUGAUAUCUCAAGGCCGUCGUUGUCGUUUCAAAAGAGAAGGAAAGUUCCAACGUGGGAUUGUUGUGUAGUAAAGGUUUUGAGCAGGGAGGACGAUACGAUACGAUGCUUGUAAUAACGUGACGGUGCCUCCGUAUGCUUGCGCAAUGCGAAAUCACGGCAACAACAAAACAUGUGUUUAUUAUGUUGGUUUGGUUGAUGUCAUGUGCGCUGUCCUUGAAAUGGGAAAAUGUUGAGUUUUGAGAAAACGUGAGCAGUUCUGGCAAGAAAAAGGACACGUGCGCAGUCCUGUCUCUAAGAUGGCAUUUUUUGGGGUCCAUCUCUCUUUUGACGUUUACAAGUCGGAAUGUCUCAUUCCAAUUAGGGUUUUUGUCGAUGUCGAGCCCUUUUUAUG